AUGACCUACCAACGUCAAAGUCUCGGAUCGACCUGGGAAGGAUUUACUAUCCUUCCCUUCUCCAAUUCUGGCUUUGUUCCCGAGGGGUUAGGUUUUCGCAUGUACGCCCAUGACAGUCUCCCGCAGGAGCGAAUUAGCACCCUAGACGUCGGUAUUGGUCAUCCAAGCCGAGAGGACCAAGGACCGCGACGAGGGGAAACCAUUGAAGAUAGUCGCUAUAGGAAGCCUUGGCCUCACUGCGCCGAUUACAUUGACGGAGACCGAUCGUUUCUAGCAGCAUGCGACAUGGUUGCCUGUGUGCUAUAUGGGUAUUGGCGGUUGCUAGAGAAGAAGAUCCAGGCCGAAGGGCUAGAGAAGCUUGUGGACGAGCAAGAGGAGGGGUUUCACAACGAUACAACACGCAAGGAUAGCACUCGCUUGUAUAAUAAGCAAGAGUGCCAUAAGUACAUUUCACUGGAGAAUCUGGGUAGGCACCUUGAGAUCAUUCCGGAGGAGGAAUUCGUGUACGACCGCAAAGAAGAACUCUUCUUUGACGUCACUAGUCCCGGAUUCCAGCGAUUUUAUCGGCAAACUAUUCGGAACCUUGGGCAGGCCAAUUGCGUGCGUGUGGUACUUCACUUCGGACCUCGACAAGUCACUUUCCCCUCUGAGGCUCGGAUACUACUCGGAUGCCACCGAGUUAUGGAAAUGGCAGCCUGCUUCCCUAGCAAUACGAAGGUGGAUAUUGUGCUGCGAGGAGAGUUAUGCACAUACGAGGUUGGGAAUGAGCUAUUCCCUCCUCAUGGACGUUGGGGCUUAAGUGGCUUCAAAGUCCCUCCAACGUACCUCGACGAUCUUAUCCGAGAGGUUAUCUACGAUGAAGUUAGUACCAAGGAACUGCAUCCAAUUACCCAGCAGUUCAUAUCGUUUCUAGACAGGAAGCAGGGGGGUUCAUGGCCUGAUCUUCUUGAGCUAGAUUGGGUCCCCUAUAGGGAGCAGGUCGUCAUUGAUAAGGGCCGCUACCUGGGUAUGCGGCCGAAGCAUGCUGUAGUAAUAGAGCAAAUUAUGAGGGAGAACUCUAACGUUAUACACCCUACCUAUGUAGCUAGUCAUCAUCGGGUUGGUGUUCGUCUAGAGAGGGUUAGUAUUGUCGAUGGACAGACAAAGUGGGACUAG